CUCAAAAUUUAUUCUCUCCCAAAAUUUUCUCCUUUCUUUUCAAUCGAAUUAAUUUUUACUAUUAACUAUCAUUUUUACAGUCAGUAAAAAAAAAAAAAAAUGGAACUAGAUUUGUCACCAAAGUUGGCUCAGAAAUCAUAUGGAGGUGCAGGUGGAUCAUAUCAUGCAUGGUGUCCUAAUGAACUUCCAAUGCUUAAACAAGGCAAUAUCGGCGCCGGCAAACUCUUUUUGUCGAAAAACGGCUUAGCUCUCCCGCGCUAUUCCGAUUCUGCUAAAGUUGCUUAUGUUCUUCAAGGUACUGGAGUUGCUGGUAUUGUUCUACCUGAGAAAGAAGAAAAGGUCUUGGAAAUCAAGACAGGUGAUGCCAUUGCUCUCCCAUUCGGUGUCGUAACUUGGUGGUACAACAAAGAGGAUACCGAGCUUCAAAUCCUUUUCUUGGGCGACACCAAAACUGCCCACAAGCCAGGGUCAUUCACUGACUUUUUCUUGACUGGUUCCAAUGGAAUCUUCACUGGUUUCUCCACGGAGUUUGUGUGCCGUGCUUGGGAUGUAGAUGAGGCGACUGCUACAUCACUUGUCGGUAACCAAAAAGACAAUGGAAUCAUCAAAGUUGACGCUAGUGCUAAGAUGCCCGAGCCCAACAAAGACCAUAGGAACGGGAUGGCUUUGAACUGUUUGGAAGCUCCAUUGGAUGUUGACAUUAAGGGUGGAGGUAGAGUGGUUGUUUUGAACACAAAGAACUUGCCUUUGGUUGGUGAAGUUGGUUUAGGUGCUGAUCUUGUAAGGCUGGAUGGUAAUGCUAUGUGCUCUCCUGGAUUCUCGUGUGACUCUGCUCUUCAAGUCACCUACAUUGUUAGGGGCAGUGGACGUGCUCAAGUUGUCGGUGUUGAUGGGAAACGUGUUCUUGAAACCACUGUUAAGGCUGGGAACUUGUUCAUUGUUCCAAGGUUCUUUGUUGUUUCCAAGAUCUCCGAUGAUGAAGGGCUGGAAUGGUUCUCCAUCAUCACUACUCCUAACCCGAUCUUCACUCACAUGGCUGGAAGGACAUCUGUGUGGAAGGCGUUGUCUCCUGAGGUGCUGCAGGCUUCUUUCAAUGUGACCCCUGAGAUUGAGAAGACCUUCCGCUCCAAGAGGAUGAACAGUGAGAUCUUCUUUGCUCCAACAAAGUGAGUGUCGGAUAGGGAUUUUGGAAAUAAUAAGUUAGUAUUAGGUUGUAGUUUAUAAUUUCUUUGGAUUUUGGUUGCAUGGUUUCAUUUUACUGUUUUUCGAACCUUUUGAUGAGUGACUUGAUUUUGGAUCAUUGUUGCCUCUGACUCUGUGCGAUGAAUGCAGUACUAUUCUUCCGAA